UAGCGUCUGAAGAGACCGUUCUGCCCUCCCUCCUUUGAGAUUUUUUUGUUCUGUUGUGUAUCGAUCGACCUUAUCUUAUUCUCUCUUCUAGAGCAGAAAUUGCGAGAGUGUGAUCUGGAUUUCUAUAAUCAGCGGAUUGCUUCUUUUGUCUACAAUCGUUCACAGAAUGGGUCGCAAAGCAGGUUCGAUAUACAUUAAUCCAAAGAAAUUUGGUGCUUUUCACAAACCUUGCAUGAAGGAAAUGGUGACAUUUCUCAGUUGCUUGGCUCUUAACAGCAACUGUGAUGAGAAAUGUGUAAGGCAGAAGGACCUUUUGAGUACUUGCAUGGAUUCUCAGAGCAAGAAAAACAAGUCAAUGGGAAGCAUUAAUUACCACUUGCAGAGGCUGAGUAGGGGAAGGAAGUAGUUCAUGUCUUGUAGAGAGCAAACUUAAAACUAAGGUCUGAUUCUUUGGAGUCAUUGGGUGCCAGAUGGUAAGUUAGGGAAGCUGUUCUAUUGUUGCACCUUAGAAUGAUCACAUGUAAUUCUCCAUUUUGAUUGUAGUAGUGCCUAAGCUGUGAGAAAUUAUGGAUAUAUUAUUUUCAACUAUUCUCUUCUAGUUGAAUGAUAUUUCAAUGAAUUUUGUAAUAA